AUGGUAGUUUCUGACUUAAACGGCGACGUAUUCCCAUGGCUGAAAUCCAUGCCAGUAGCACCCGAAUACCGACCAACCGCCGCGGAAUUCGAAGAUCCGAUCGGUUACAUUUUCAAGAUCGAGAAGGAAGCAUCACAAUACGGAAUCUGCAAAAUCGUUCCACCGUUUCCGCCGUCACCGAAGAAAACCGCCAUAGCUAACCUCAACAGGUCACUGGUUAAUUCCACAUUCACCACACGUCAGCAGCAGAUCGGGUUCUGUCCGCGGAAGUCCCGCCCCGUGAAACGACCCGUCUGGCAGAGUGGGGACCACUACACUUUCGCUGAGUUCGAAGCCAAAGCCAAAUGGUUUGAGAAAAGUUACUUGAAGAAGCUUAACAAGAAGGCUGGUGGUAAUGGUGGUGUUUCUGCUCUUGAAACAGAGACCAUGUUUUGGAAGGCUACGGUUGAUAAACCGUUUUCGGUUGAGUAUGCCAACGACAUGCCCGGUUCUGCAUUUUCGGCGCAAUGUCGAUAUGCUGGUGAGGCUGCUUCGGUUGCUCAUAGUGCUUGGAAUAUGAGAGGGGUUUCCAGGGCCAAAGGGUCUUUGUUGAGGUUUAUGAAGGAGGAGAUUCCCGGGGUUACUUCGCCUAUGGUUUAUCUUGCUAUGCUUUUCAGCUGGUUUGCUUGGCAUGUGGAGGAUCAUGAUCUUCAUAGCUUGAAUUAUCUACAUAUGGGUGCUUCUAAGACAUGGUAUGGUGUUCCUAGGGAUGCUGCUGUUGCUUUUGAGGAUGUUGUUAGGGUUCAUGGCUAUGGUGGAGAGAUUAACCCUCUUGUUACAUUUUCUAUUCUGGGUGAGAAAACCACAGUGAUGUCACCUGAAGUGCUUGUUAGUGCAGGUGUUCCAUGCUGCAGGUUAGUGCAAAAUGCUGGAGAAUUUGUUGUGACAUUUCCAAGAGCCUAUCACACUGGAUUUAGUCAUGGUUUUAAUUGUGGAGAGGCAGCAAACAUAGCAACACCUGAGUGGUUGAGGGUUGCUAAAGAUGCUGCUAUUCGAAGGGCUUCAAUAAAUUAUCCUCCCAUGGUUUCACAUUUCCAGUUACUUUAUGACCUUGCCUUAGCUUUGUGUUCUAGAAUCCCUGGGGGAAUCAGUGCGGAACCACGGAGUUCUCGUCUUAAAGAUAAAAAGAAGGGUGAAGGAGACUCUGUAGUCAAAGAACUAUUUGUCCAAGACGUGUUACGAAACAAUGAUCUGCUUCAUGUACUCGGAAAAGAAUCUCCUGUAGUACUUCUUCCUCGCAGUUCAGUUGACAUUUCUAUUUGCUCAAAAUUACGUGUUGGAUGCCAGCAACAAAAAGUGAACCCUGAAUUUUCCAUUAAUGUAUGCAACUCCAAGGGAAUGAAUUCCUCAAAAGGUUUUGUUUCUGAUGAUCUGGUAUUAGGGAAGGGGAUUUCCUCGUUUGAUGCAAACGGUAACACCCCCCCUUCAAGUUCUAAGCAACUUCAAACAGGAAACAACAGUGAAACUAAUCAAGGAAACGGGUUGUCAGAUCAGAGACUGUUUUCGUGCGUCACAUGUGGACUAUUAAACUUUUCCUGUGUUGCUAUUGUACGUCCUAGCGAACUGGCAGCUAGAUAUCUUAUGUCUGCUGAUUGUAGCUUCUUUAAUGAUUGGGCUGUUGGUUCUGGAUUACCUAGCAAUAAACUUAUUGUUGCUCAAGAAGAUGCUAAUAUUCCUGAGCCAAAUAUGCAAACAGGGUGGACGAAGACCAAUACCCAAGAAGAGGCUUUAAAUACUGAAGGAGGAAAUGGCAAUACAGCUCUUGCAUUAUUGGCUUCAGCAUAUGCAAAUUCUUCUGACUCUGAGGAAGAUGCAAUUGACGAUCAUGAAUUGAAUGCGAUAAACUCUACAUCUGAAAGUUUCCCUUCUAAUGUUCAGGCUUCCCAUGCUAAUCCUAUAACUACACAUGAUAAAGAUGGUAUUCUUUCAGAGAGCGCCAGUUACGAAACACAAAUAUUUGAGGUUAAUUUGAGUCAGCCUUGUGAACAAUCAUCUGAGGAACAGGAUUAUAAAAUGACUUCAGAAGCUGCAUUUGAAAAUACAAGGCCAGUGCUUUGUUCCAUUGCAUAUAGUUCCCAAGAUGCUAAUAAUGCUGAAAAGUCACUGUCGGCUGAAGCCAUGGUUGCUGUCAAUCAUAAAAAUGCUUUAUUGGCACCGCAAUGUGACGAAGACUCGUCUAGAAUGCAUGUAUUCUGUCUAGAGCAUGCUGUAGAAGCAGAGCAGCAACUUCGGCCAAUAGGUGGAGCCCACAUAGUGCUCUUAUGUCAUCCAGAUUAUCCCAAGAUAGAGGCUGAGGCAAAGUUGGGGGCAGAAGAUUUAGGAAUUGAUUAUACAUGGAAGAAUAUUGCCUACAGGCAUGGCACCAAGGAAGAUGAGGAGAGGAUCCAGGCAGCUGUGGAUAGUGAAGAAGCAAUUCCCGGAAAUGGGGACUGGGCUGUAAAGCUAGGAAUAAAUCUCUUUUAUAGUGCAAGUCUUAGCCGCUCUCCUCUUUAUAGCAAGCAGAUGCCUUACAAUCCUGUUAUAUAUUAUGCAUUUGGUCGUAGCUCUCCAGCAAGCUCGCCCAUAGAACCAAAAGUCUAUCAGAGAAGGACCGACCGGCAGAAAAAGGUAGUUGCUGGCAAAUGGUGUGGUAAAGUUUGGAUGUGUAAUCAGGUCCAUGCCCUUUUAGCAAAAAUGGAUUCUGAAGAUGUUGAGGAUGAGAAAAUUUUAUAUAGAUUGUUAUCGCCUGAUGUGAAAACUGAGAGAUCGGGAAGUACCCCCAAAACUGAAACGACAAAAUCCGGUAGGAAAAGGAAAACGACCUUAAACAGUGGACGGACCAGGAAAGGAAGUUUUGUUGAAAAAGAUGCGGUUUUGGAUAAUUCCAUUGAAGAUAAACCCAAUCCUCAGAGAAGGAGGAUUCUUAGAAGCAAGCAAGCUAGGGGUGUUGAGAAAGAUGGUGUAGCUUUGCAUAGGGAUUGUUCUUCAUAUCGUCGUAGAAAACCUAUGGGCAAACAAAAAAAUUGCACAGAAAGUGAUGUAGUUUCUGAUGAUCCGCAUGAAGAUGAUUAUCACAUGCAACAUAGAAGGAGUUUUAAUGUCAAAAAAGCUAAUUUUAUUGACAAUGAUGUGGUUUCAGAUGAUGCAGUGGACUAUGAUUCCGAUUGUCAUCAGAUGGGAGAACUUAGAAACAAGCAAGUUGAAGAUACAGAGAGAGACUCAAUUUCAGUGGAUUCUUUGAAUGUCGAUUCUCCUCAGUUGCACAUAGAGACUUCUAGAAGCAAGCAUGCCAACUUCACUAGUGAAGAAGAUGCAAUUUCUGAUGACCAAAUGGAGAAUGGUUGUCAGAAGCAACACAAGAGAAUUCCUAAAAGCAGUAAAGGAAAUUCCCUUGCUGAAAAAGAUUCAGUGAUAUCAGAUGACCAACUGGAGCUGAACAUCCAGAAACAGCGCCGGGGUAAUUCUAGAAGUAGGAAAGCCAAAUACCUCCAUGAAGAUGAUAUUGUAUCGGAUAACCAAACAAAUAUCUAUUCUCGCAAGUACAAAAGAAGAACAGUUAAAGUCAGGCAAGCCAAAUGUGUAGCAAGGGAAGAUGUUAUGUCUGACAACCAAUCGGAAGACACCUUUCAAAAGCAGAAACCAAUAAUUUCUAGAAGGAAAAACAAAGGCAUUGGUAGAGAAUUUAAAAAUGAAUCGUCUGAUGACCAACUUGAUCACUUUCAGAAGCAGCAGCGAAAUAUUCCCAAGAGCAGGAGGCACACCAUACAGACUGAUGAAGAAAUUAUUGAUGACUUGGCCGACGACAAUGCCUGUCUGCUGCAUAGAACUUCUAAAAGGAAGAAAGCUAAAUGCAAGGAUGAAGAUGAUACGAGUUUAGAUAAUGAAAUGGAAGAUGAUUCUCUUCAGCAGCACAGAACUCUUCCAAGUAAACAAUCUAAACCAAAGACACUUAAACAGGUGAAACAAUCCAAAUCUCUCUGGAUGAAAAACCAGACACCUCGGCCAGUGAAACAAGGGGCUCAGAUGCUGAUGAAAUCGAAGGCUGCUCAUUUGCGAAAUAAACAAUGUGGUAACUCCAGAGAGCCUAGUUUAGAUAUGGAAGAGGAGGAAGAAGGUGGACCUAGCACACGCCUUAGAAAGAGACUCCCAAAAGCUCAGGAGUCUGAAGUAAAAUCAAAAGACAAGCAAACCAAAAGGAAAAGGACAAAGGACGCCACAGCAGCUACUAUCGUUUCAGCUUGCAAUGCCAAAACAGAGGACGAGGAAGCAGAAUAUCAGUGUGACAUCGAGGGAUGCAGCAUGAGUUUUGAGUCAAAACAGGAGCUGCUGCAUCAUAAGAAAAAUAUCUGUCCAGUAAAAGGUUGCGGGAAAAAGUUCUUCUCACAUAAAUAUCUGGUGCAGCACCGGCGAGUUCAUGAAGAUGACCGCCCGCUCAAGUGUCCUUGGAAGGGGUGCAAGAUGUCUUUCAAGUGGGCAUGGGCUCGGACUGAGCAUAUCCGAGUCCACACUGGUGCACGUCCUUAUGUAUGUGCAGAGCCAGGUUGUGCACAAACAUUCAGAUUUGUGUCUGAUUUCAGUCGUCAUAAGCGGAAGACUGGUCAUUUAGCUAAGAAGAGUCGUCAAUAA